AUGGCGAAGUACCUGCGGCAUUUCACUACUGUGGGGGACCAGCAUCAGCUCAAGUGGGAUGAAGAUGAGGAUCUGCACGUAGCCAGCGGAGACCUGAGUCCGGCCACAGGGCUGUUCUCCUCCGCACCGACCUUCAGGGACGCACUGAAGAGGCUCUACAGCUCCGAGCGCUUCCAGAUUGCAGUCGUGUGUCUGGUCAUCCUUGACGCGAUAUUUGUCCUGACUGAGCUUCUGUUUGAUCUGUCAAUUAUCGAGCUGGAACAUGACCACGUUGCUCCUGAGGUCUUUCACUACAUGAGCCUCGCCCUGCUGACCUUCUUUGUGGUGGAGCUGGUGGGGAAGCUGUUCGCCUACCGACUCGAGUUCUUCUACCACAAGUUUGAGGUGUUUGAUGGGGUGGUGGUGGUCGUGUCCUUUGUGCUGGACAUCGUCUACGUGUUCAGGGAAGACGCAUUUGAUGGCAUGGGGCUGCUCAUCCUGCUGCGGCUUUGGAGAGUAGCCAGAAUCAUCAAUGGGGUCCUGGUGUCGGUGAAAACUCGUGCAGAUCAGAGACUCCACAAACUGAAGGAGAGCUACGACCACCUGGUCCAGAGAGUCACUGAGCUUCAGGCGCGCACCGACAAACUGGAAAAAGAAAACCAGACACUUCAAGCACUGCUGAAAAAUAACAACAUAGAUUUCUAG